AAAUAUAUAAAUACAAUGACAGAGAUGCACAGACACUUUUCAGUUUGUUCAGGUACUUUUUUUCAGAGGUUCCCUGGGAUUAAUACCUGGCCUUUGACAUCCAGACGUGAACCGAUUUUACUAGUCAAAGAAGGAACUGAAUCCACUGGAUUAUUUUCAAUAACCAAGGACCAUGGUGGGAAUGAAACCCUCCGAUACACCCCCUACACUUGGGGUGAAGUUCCUGAGUGCUGGGACAGCGGCUUGCAUCGCUGACCUCAUCACCUUUCCUCUGGACACAGCCAAAGUCAGACUGCAGAUUCAGGGAGAGAAAGUGGCGUCGGAGGCCACCAAGGGCAUCCGCUACCGGGGGGUGUUUGGGACAAUCAGUACCAUGAUCCGGACGGAGGGGCCCAGGGCGCUGUACAACGGUCUGGUGGCGGGCCUGCAGAGACAGAUGUGCUUCGCCUCCAUCCGAAUUGGCUUCUACGACAACGUCAAGAACUUUUACUCUGGCGGAGUGGACACUGCAAAUGUGGGUAUACGUAUUCUGGCCGGCUGCACCACGGGGGCCAUGGCCGUGUCGUUCGCCCAGCCCACAGAUGUGGUUAAGGUUCGCUUCCAGGCCCAGGUCAACCUAACCGGGGUGGCUCGCCGCUACACUGGAACCAUGCAGGCCUACAAACAGAUAUUUAACCACGAGGGAAUCCGUGGGCUCUGGAAAGGCUGUUUACCCAACAUCACCAGGAACGCACUGGUCAACUGCACAGAGCUGGUGACCUAUGACCUCAUCAAGGAGGCUAUUCUCAGGCACAACCUGUUGUCAGAUAACCUCCCGUGCCAUUUCACGUCGGCGUUCGGCGCCGGGUUUGUUACAACGUGCAUCGCCUCUCCGGUGGAUGUGGUGAAGACGCGGUACAUGAACUCCCCACCGGGCCAGUACAAGAGUGCCAUCAACUGUGCCUGGGUCAUGGCCACCAAAGAGGGUCCUACGGCCUUCUAUAAAGGCUUUGUGCCCUCGUUUCUGAGGCUGGGCUCCUGGAACGUUGUGAUGUUUGUGUCUUUUGAGCAGCUCAAGAGACUGAUGAUGUUAGGAAAGAAGAAGAUUGAAGAGAGAAGUUAAUUUUGUUUCCAGCAGCAAUGAAGAGCACUUUGCAAUGGAUUUAACAAAACUCACAAACCUGAAUGGGACCCAGACAAUACUGGACAAUCUUUAGGGGAUUCUCCAAAUUUAAACUGAAAUUUUAUUUGUUCUGCAAAUACCUUGGGCGAAAAAACUUUGGGGAAUGAUUUUUGAAUGCAUACAUUAGUGAUAUCAUUAUUUCCCCCCACAGUUUCAAUGUAAAACUGUGGGGGACCGUUUCUGGUGAGUGUGCUGUUCACACUGCUGCAGUACAACAGACUACCAGCAUCCACAGCAAUUAUCAUGUUAAAUCAUGAGGUUCCCAUUGGUUUGACUGGAAGAAUAUUUAAUUAGGAAUCCUUUGUUAAAAAAGGAGUAAUGAAAAGUGCAUUUAAGGUCCAUCGACACUGCAUUUGGCUUAUUGCACUGAAUGUUUUCUUAACCUGAAUUUAGCUUUUACUCCGCGAUGUGGCUUAUUGCUCUGAACACCAAGUAUGAGAAAAGGACUUUCCUGGGUGAAUAUAUUUUCUCUCCCUAGUGUUAUUUAUUUUGACCUUGCUGUCCACUUUGGCCCAGAUGUCUCAACCAAGUCCUCACAGACCACUAACAGUUGCAUAAAAUGGUGCUCCAUAAUUAUUGGGACGGUAGGCAUUUUGUCGUUAGUUUUUUUUUGGCUCUAUCCUCAUAAACUGACAAUUGGCUUCACCACUGAGAAAUGACCACACGUUGGGCCGGUUUUGUCAGACACAGAUUAAGACUUGUCUUGGACAACAACCAAAAAAAGUUUCAAUGAAGAUUCCCGAUUGAGCAAAAUUUUCUUUUGGCGAGGACUAUGCAUUUUCUGUGAAACCAGCCCUACGCACGCACUGUCCUCUUGUUUCAGGGCGGCCGACGUAUUGGGAAAUUUGCUGGACAGGUAUUGUUGGUUAGCCAGGUGUGUUCCGUCACACAAUUUGUGUAGAGACGGCUGUCGAUGUCUAGUCUUCACUCUAGGACGCAUGAAACUCCUGCAGUGUCUGAUGAGGUGAGGAUCAAAGAGGUAUCAGUACUAUUUAAGGAGCCAUUAUAACAAUCAUAAAUAACCACUCAGAACAUAGCCAAAAUCUAAGGCAUCCCAACAACAGUGGGCAAGGUCAUGAAAAGAAACUGACUGGAACAUUCUCCAGAAGGUAGGCGUGGACCAGCAGAAUAACAAUGGUUACAAUACAAGGUGCAAACCAUUAGUAGGCCUCAAAAACAGGACGGCCAGGUUACAGUUUGCUAAAAAUGACCAUGAAUCCUGUGGAGAUCAUGAAAAGGACCUUUUUGACGGAUGAGACAAAGAUUAACGCGUUAGAAUGAUGACAGGAGGUAGAGAGAUAAAGGGAAAUGUCAGAGAGCCACAGCGUACCACCUCAUCUCCAAAUCAUGGUGGAGAGAGGGUUAUGGACAAGCAUGGCUGCCACUAGAACAACUGGCUCACUUGUCUUCAUUGAUAAUGCAACUGCCAAUAGCCGCAGCACAAUUAAUUGUAUAGAAACAUCUUUAUUACAGAAUAAACUCAGGACACAAGACUGUGACCCUGAGAUAUACUGCCAUGCUUGCAAGAGCAUAUUUGAGGCCAAUUGGGAAGUUCUUGGUUGGGCAAGUCAAUCUCCUGAUUUAAAUCCAACUGAACGUACCUUUCAUUUGCUGAAAAUGAGGCCAAAAUACCUCCCAACAACUGAAGAUGGCUGCCGUACAGGCCAGGUGAAGAAUCACCUGAGAAAAUACUCAGCUUUUAGGGGGUCUUCAGGCUAUUACCUCAUACUAAGGAUAGCUACCAAAUAAAUACUUUGCAGGUUGUACAUCUGGACAUUAAUCUGUGCCAAUACUUUUGGUGCCCUAAAAUAGUGGAGUGUUGUCAUUUGUAUAAUGUGAAACCAGUAUGUACAAAAAUACCUUCAAAUAAAAGCUAGAAUCUAUGCUCUAA